AUGGUGGCCAGACGCUUCAGAUUCCUGCAGAAGCUCAGCCUCCCGGGCCAGGGCCACCGGUACGAGGCUCUGGAGAGGGACGAGGAGGAGGCCCUGAUCCACGAGCAACUGGGACAGAAAGCCGAGGACAAGGAGAAGGCAGUCACAGCCCUGCCCCCCAAGGAGGCGUGCAAGUGCCACAACGAGGACUUGGCCAGAGCGUUCUGCGUGGAUUUGGACAAGGGACUGUCAGAGUUCUCGGUGACACAGCGUCGGCGGGUCCACGGCUGGAAUGAGUUUAUCGCUGACAACGCUGAGCCUGUGUGGAAGAAAUACCUGGACCAGUUCAAGAACCCCCUGAUCCUGCUGCUGCUGGGCUCCGCCCUGGUGAGCAUCCUCACCCAGGAGUAUGAGGACGCCGUUAGCAUUGCCCUGGCUGUCCUCAUUGUGGUCACGGUGGCCUUCGUCCAGGAGUACAGGUCGGAGAAGUCUCUGGAAGAGCUGACCAAGCUGGUGCCCCCGGAAUGUAACUGCAUCAGGGACGGAAAGCUCCAGCGCAUGCUCGCGCGAGAUCUGGUUCCCGGAGACAUUGUGGCUCUCUCCAUCGGAGACCGGAUCCCCGCCGACAUCCGACUCACGGAGGUCACAGACCUCCUGGUGGAUGAAUCCAGUUUCACGGGAGAAGCUGAGCCAUGCAGCAAGACAGACGCCCCCCUGGCGGACAGCGGCGACCUCAGCACCCUGAGCAACAUCGUCUUCAUGGGAACGCUGGUGCAGUGCGGGAAGGGGCAGGGGGUCGUGAUUGGCACCGGUGAGAGGUCUCAAUUUGGAGAGGUGUUCAGGAUGAUGCAGGCGGAAGAGACGCCUAAGACUCCCUUGCAGAAGAGCAUGGACCAGCUGGGCAAGCAGCUGACCCUCUUCUCGUUUGGCAUCAUUGGUCUCCUCGUGCUCCUGGGCUGGGUGCAGGGCAAGCCGCUGCUCAGCAUGUUCACCAUCGGGGUCAGCCUGGCUGUGGCCGCCAUUCCCGAGGGCUUGCCCAUCGUCGUCACGGUGACGCUGGUCCUGGGCGUGCUGCGCAUGGCCAAGAAGCGGGUGAUGGUGAAGAAGCUGCCCAUCGUGGAGACUCUGGGUUGCUGUGAUGUCAUCUGCUCAGAUAAGACAGGGACACUGACGGCCAACGAAAUGACCGUCACCCAGCUGGUCACCUCCGAUGGGCUGCAGGCCCAGGUCAGCGGCGUCGGGUACAACGGCACGGGCGCCGUGCGUCUUCUCCCAACCAAGGAAGUGGUCAAGGGGUUUGCCAGCGUCUCCGUGGGGCGGCUGGUGGAGGCUGGCUGCGUGGCCAACAAUGCUGUCGUGGGGAAGAACUCGGUGAUGGGGCAGCCCACCGAGGGCGCCCUGCUCGCGCUGGCCAUGAAGAUGGACUUAAGUCACGUCAAAGACUUGUACGUCCGAAGGGAAGAGAUCCCCUUCAGUUCCGAGCAGAAGUGGAUGGCGGUGAGAUGCAGCCUGAAGAAUGAGGAUGGGGACGACAUGUACUUCAUGAAGGGAGCCUUGGAGGAGGUGGUGCGCUGCUGCAGCCUCUACAACCAUGGGGGCCUCUCCCUGCCGCUGACGCCCCAGCAGGAGGCCUUCUGGAGGCAGGAGGAGAGGAGGAUGGGGGCGCUGGGGCUGCGGGUGCUAGGCCUGGCCUCCGGGCCCGAGCUGGGGCGGCUGACCUUCCUGGGUCUGGUGGGCAUCAUCGACCCCCCGAGGGCCGGCGUGAAGGAAGCCAUCCAGCUGCUCUCGGCCGCGGGCGUGUCGGUGAAGAUGGUGACGGGGGAUGCCCUGGAGACAGCCAUGGCCAUAGGAAGGAACAUCGGCCUGUGUGACGAGCAGCCGAAGGCCAUGUCUGGGGAAGAGGUGGAGGGCGCCGAGCAGGGCGAGCUGGCGGCCUGCGUGGAGCAGGUGUCUGUGUUCUACAGGACCAGCCCCAAGCACAAGGUCAAGAUCAUAAAGGCCCUGCAGGAGUCGGGGGCGGUGGUGGCCAUGACGGGGGACGGCGUGAACGACGCGGUGGCCCUGAAGUCCGCGGACAUCGGAGUUGCCAUGGGACAGACGGGGACGGAUGUCAGCAAGGAAGCCGCCGACAUGGUGCUGGUGGACGAUGACUUCUCAGCCAUCAUGGACGCCGUGGAGGAAGGCAAGGGGAUCUUCCACAACAUCAAGAACUUUGUCCGCUUCCAGCUGAGCACGAGCAUCGCAGCCCUGAGCCUCAUCACCCUGUCCACCGUGUGCGACCUGCCCAGCCCCCUCAACGCCAUGCAGAUCCUGUGGGUGAACAUCAUCAUGGACGGGCCGCCAGCCCAGAGCUUGGGGGUGGAGCCUGUGGACAGGGACGCCCUGGGCCAGCCGCCACGCCGCGUCCAGGACACGAUCCUGAGCAGGGUCCUGGUCCUGCGGAUCCUCAUGUCUGCGGCCACCAUCCUCAGCGGGACCCUCUUUAUCUUCUGGAAGGAGAUUCCUGAGGACAAGGCCAGCACCCCGCGCACCACCACCAUGACCUUCACCUGCUUUGUGUUUUUCGAUCUCUUCAAUGCCCUGAGCUGCCGAUCUCAGACCAAGUUGAUUUUCGAGCUCGGUUUCCUCCGGAACCGCAUGUUCCUCUACUCGGUGCUGGGCUCGAUCCUGGGGCAGCUGGCGGUGAUCUACGUCCCUCCCCUGCAGAAGGUGUUCCAGACGGAAGGCCUGGGCGCGCUGGAUCUGCUGCUGUUAACUGGCCUGGCCUCGUCCGUCUUCAUCUUCUCGGAGCUACUCAAGCUUUGCGAGCGGCACUCCGCCCAGGAGUUCGGGGCAGGGCGCCGUCAGGGCAUGGACUCCACCUGCCGCACUGGGACCCUGGUGUCCGUUCUCAGGAGCCUGCGCCUCGCCCUGGACACGGCGGGAGAAACUCCCUGCCGCCCAGACGGCCACAUCGGGCCCCUGACCCUUCAGCCUGAGGCUGAAGUGGUCGAGGACUAA